AUGCUCCGGGUAGUCCAGAAACGUUGCGCCUCAACGGCCCCGCUCAUCCGGCCGAUUCACCGUGUUCUGGUGGCGAAUCGCGGUGAAAUCGCGAUCCGCGUUCAGAAUACCGCCCGCAAAAUGGGCAUCGAGACGGUUUCUGUGUUCUCCGACGCCGAUCGCAACGCGUUGUUCGUCAAAAAAGCGGACAAGGUGAAAAAUUUAUAAAAAAGCGAAUUUUGAGAAAGACGAGUUCAGGCCUAUCACAUCGGCCCUCCAUUGGCCUCCGAGUCGUAUCUGAACAUGGAUAAGAUCAUCGACACGGCGCUAAAGUCCGGAGCUCAGGCAAUCCACCCCGGAUACGGAUUUCUGUCCGAGAAUGCCGGAUUCGCUGAGAGAUGUGUUCAGGCCGGCCUGGUCUUCAUCGGGCCGCCAGCACAGGCCAUCCGAGACAUGGGCGCCAAGAAUGUGUCGAAACAGAUCAUGGAGGACGCGAAGGUUCCCGUGGUUAGGGGAUUCCACGGCGAGGAUCAGUCCGACGAGAAUUUGAAGAGAAAAUCGGCUGAAAUCGGUGCGCAAAACACCUAAAAUAAGGAGUUACUGUUAUUUUUUGCUCAAAUUUCUAGGCUACCCGGUAAUGCUCAAAGCAGUGUACGGCGGCGGCGGAAAGGGAAUGCGCAUCGCGUGGUCUGAAGCAGAAUUCGACGAAAAGCUGGCGUCCGCCCGAAAUGAGGCUAAGAAAUCGUUCGGAAACGACGAGAUGCUCGUGGAGAAGUUUGUGGAGCGUCCGCGCCACGUGGAAGUGCAAGUGUUCGGCGACCAUCACGGCAAUUAUGUGCAUUUGUGGGAAAGAGACUGCUCCGUUCAGCGCAGACAUCAGAAGAUCAUCGAGGAGGCGCCCGCACCGAAUAUGGGUUCUUAAUCUUUGUUUAUUCUCGAGAAUUGUCUUAUUUUUAAGCUCACGAAACACGUCUGAAGCUUGGAGAAUCGGCAGUUCGUGCCGCGUCGGCCGUCGGUUACGUCGGCGCCGGAACCGUCGAAUUCAUCAUGGAUCCACGAGGCGAAUUCUAUUUUAUGGAGAUGAACACGCGUCUUCAGGUGGAACACCCCGUUAGCGAGGCCAUCACGGGCACCGAUCUUGUCGAAUGGCAAUUGCGAGUGGCUCAGGGAGAGCCUCUCCCACUGAAACAAUCGGAGAUUCCAUUAAACGGACACGCGUUUGAGUGCAGAGUGUACGCGGAGGACACGCGGGAGGGCGCGUUCAUGCCGACCGCCGGAAGACUCACCUACGUGGAUUUCCCGGAAGACGCGCGCAUCGAUACGGGAGUGGUGUCGGGCGACGAGGUGUCGAUCCACUACGAUCCGAUGAUCGCCAAGGUGGUCGUGUGGGGGCGGGACCGUGCCGCCGCGGCCGCCAAACUCGAGAGCGCCCUUGCGCGCACCCGAAUCUCCGGCCUUCCAACCAACAUCGAGUUCGUGCGUCGGGUGCUCGCCCAUCCUGAAUUCCAAGCCGGCAACGUCUACACCGACUUCAUUCCCGACCACCAGAAGGAGUUGUUCGAGAAAAAGGACACUCCUCCCGAAGUUCACAUCGAAUCCGCCGUCGCCCACGCACUUUCGACGCUCCAGAAGAGCAACGAUGGCGUCUUCCAGAAUCUCUCCUUUUUCAGAAUCAAUCUCGCGUCGCUUUUCGUCUGCAAGAUUGGUAAUCGAUUAUUUUGUGGAGAAAAGGUUAUAUUUAUUACAGACGGAAAAGAGAUCAAAGUGCGCUUCGAGGGCGAUCGUCGGCUGACCGUCUCCUACGACGGAAACUCGUUCGAAACGCUUCUCGGUGACGUCGAAAACACUGGAGAGAGCGAGUUCAGGUUCACGCUCGAGGCCAACGGUCGCCGAUGGAGUACGCUGGUCAAGAAUCUCAAGGAAAGCUUGCUGGUGGGUCUAAAAUAGGGCGAAUUUGAUAAGUGAAUUCCCGAUUUUCAGGUGAACGGAGUAGGCCAGAACGAGUACGAGGCUCCGCAGAACGCCGGCAACAUUGACGCCUACGCGGGAGCCGCCGCCAGCCACUCGGCAGUCGCCCCGAUGCCCGGAAUAAUCGAAAAAGUGCUCGUCAAGCCGGGAGAUCAGGUCAGCAGGAAAUUUGGCAGUUUUUUCCAUGUAUCUCUUGUUUUAGGUGACAACUGGCCAGGCGCUCGUUGUAAUGACCGCCAUGAAGAUGGAAUACAUCAUCCGCGCGCCGGAAGACUCGACCGUCGAACAGAUCAAGUGUCAGGCGGGCAAGAAUGUGCCAAAAAAUGCGGUUCUCGUGCAAUUCGCUUGA